AUGGCUUUGAGUAGUGAAAUUAUGAUGGAAUUUUGUAGACUCUGUCAGAGUCGUUUAGGUAAAACGCCGCUUCAGUAUGAUGAAGAAUUAGUUAAAAAAAUUGCAGAAGUCACCAGAGUAAAGGUAAACGAUGAAUUAAACAAUUACUUACCAAUGUUGGUGUGUUUAUCAUGUCAAGAUAAAAUCUUAGAUAUGUAUAAUUACAUACAAACCGUACAAAACGUAGAUAAAAAUCUUCGAAGCAUGGUAAAAAAGAGAUAUUUUCCGGAACUUGACAACUAUUGUGAAAACAGUGAUUAUGAGCAGCCAUUCCAAGACACAUUUAAGUGCGAACAGUGUUCUGCUACUUUUUCUGAUCACAGUUCGUUACAAAUUCACAAAAGUUCUCAUGGAGAUGAACCGAAAACAUACAAGUGUCCCGUGUGUUUGAAAGUUUACAACAGAGAAAGAAGCUAUGAUUUACAUAAAAAAAUUCACUUAGAAUUGUACUGUAGUUACUGCUCUAAAACGUUUGAUGAAAAAACUGAACGGAACGACCAUACAUGUGUUGAGAGAAUCAAAUGUGAAACUAAUACAUUGCAGAAAAACUGCAAAGCAAAACUGCAAAAAACUAAGCCAAAGUUUAAAAUUAAAUCGGGACUAUUAAAGUUUGCUACGUUUCCUCAAGAAGGAGAUACAUUCCAAUGUGGUAUUUGUGAUAAAAAAUUUAACGAUAAAAAUAACCUGCGACAUCAUUUGAAAGUUCACAGAAGUUUUACCUGCACCGAAGAAAAUUGUUUAAAAGAACUACCUUCUGCUUAUUCUUUAAAAAUACACCAACUCGACCACUUAGGGAGAAGGCCUUAUCUUUGUGUGACCUGCGGUAAAAGCUUCAGAACGAAGAGCUCUUUAUCCUGUCACGAAAAAAUCCACUCUGAAAUUAAAGGUUAUAGGUGCGACUUGUGCAACAUUGGUUUUUCUGUCAGGAGUAACUUGCGUGCCCACGAGAAGAAAUACCAUGAAGGUAUCCGAUUCUAUUGCUCGCAGUGUACCAAGGAAUUCAUGUCGAAGUGUAGCUUAGAGAGACAUGAGAAAAUACACACCGGUGUUAAAGAAUUCAAGUGUGGACAGUGCACUUCGGCAUUUUACACGAAUAAAGAAUUGCUGAAACACCAAAGAUAUCACCAGGGUUUAAAGCAACACAAAUGCGAGGAAUGUUUCAAAACAUUUUUCGAACGUCAUCAUCUGAUCAUCCAUUUAAGAAGCCACAGCGGUGAACGGCCGUAUGCGUGUAAGGUUCCAGGUUGUGGCAAAGCAUUCGCUGAGAGCCAGAAGUUAAAAAGACAUCAUAUUGCUAAGCAUAAUGCCAUAAAUUAGCUGUAUUUCAUGAUUUUCUUUUUGCCGUUACUGUUACACUUAAUAGCUGACUCGGGAAAAUAUUUCGUCGUUGCGCUUUAAAAAUGUGGCAUGUGCAUAUUUUCAGCAAAACACAUUAAAUGCAGAAUUAUUCUAUAAACGACAUCAAACCGCAUAAUCUAGUUAAAAAUGGCCAUCUUAUUUUCUCCAGAAUUGUGACAGUCCACGGUAAAAUUAUUUAAAAAAAGACCAAGAAAAGAGUUUUUUAACUCUACUGAACAAUUGAAUAAAAUACGUGUCACUUUUUGAAGGUGCAACGAAGAUUUCCUAUAUUAUGAGAAAUUUAUGGUAUUACAAUAAUUUGAGUUUGAAACAUGUUUAAAAUAAAAAUACUGAGUUAGGUAGCUUAUGUAAAAUAUUUUGAGGCUGACUGUUUUUAUAUAUUUUAUA